CACACUCGAAUCUCUUUGUCUGGCUGGUCUAUAAAUAAAUCGCGACCUCUCGCUGGAAUAAUCGAUCGUCGGAUUUCUUCUUUUUUUUCCUUUCCACGUGAAACACCUUUGGCUACUUGACAAGACGCCCAUGGUACCUCGACCUGGGUCAAGGUUAACCGACUGACCAACUCCGAAACGCGUCUACCUUGUUCCCCAGCGUCGUCUCGGCGAUGAUCGAUGAAGGAUAAUUGGCUGGAUUUAGUGGGAUCGAUGAUUUUGCUACGCGUGCAGUGGAAGACUGAAAGGUCUGCGGAUGUUGUAGGGCAGUGUCCUUUCGAAGGUAGAAGAAGGUAAUUGACUCUGCGUAACGGUGACGCGAGAAGCUUCUUCGUUCUUUCGGAAUUACUUUUGCCGGAGUGCGUGGUACACGUGGAUGUCGAAGUUGCGAUCGUUCCUAAUUAAUAUAAAUUUACCUGAGACCGUGAAAUAUUUCGAGACAGUGAUCGUACUUGAAAUUCUUCGACCACGGUGGGCCAGGUAUGAAUAUUCCAAGUACGUGUCCGACAAGCUGUGAAUAUUCUCCUAUAUUCUUUCGGCUAUCUGAAAGAGGAAGUGUAAUUGUCUCUGAUGACGUGAGACGACUGUGUCAGUCAGCCGCUGAAUAUAGAAGCUUGCCAAUUAUGAAACUUGAAAGUGCGAAGGCUAUGAAAACACAUCUUUGAUAUUAUCAGGAAGAAACUCGCAAGAUUUCAAUUUUUCCCUGAUGAAUGCUCCUUUAACUCGUAUCAACAAAUAAUUCUCCCAAAAAUGAUGAAUUAAGGGAUCCAAAGGUACCUAGAAUGCUGGUAUCGACGAUCCGCCGCGUACUCGUGGUUCGAUCGAGUUCGAAAGUUACCGUAGAUGACCCAGACUCGAACGCGAUCGAGCAUGAAAUCAAUUCGUGGCGCAGAGAGGCGGAGGGUGAGCCGAACGCUUACCAGGACUUGAGUUCUCGCGAAAAUCACGAACCGAAGGAAAAGCUCGAGGUUUGUGUAAAAUCGAGGAACGGUGAGCGCUAACCGGUCGCUCGAUCUCGACCGAUCGAUAACGGAAUUGCUUCGUGAUCGGCUCCUCCUCGAAGUCAGCCAGAUAGAAAAGAAAGAUACGAAACGACGGGGGUCGUACGAGGAUCUAUCGUAGGUCGUAAUAAAUACAUUUUGUCCACGGGCGACAGUUGCCGAUCGAGGUCGAUCGUGUGCAGCUCGUAGAAAACGGGCCUGGCGAAUGAACGAACGAGACACUGUUUAAAUACUGUUUAUCGGUCGUCGCUGUCCUUCAGUUGACACCGAUUAAGCGAGCAACGGAGGAAUGCUUAUUGAACGGAUCACUUCCGAGCGAGUUGACGCGCACUCGCCGCGACUACGAUUCUCCUCGACGCUGAUUCCAGAUGCCUAGCUGCCACCUGCCAGCAACACUGACACGCGAGUGCUUUCGUCGUUAUUCUAGAUUUUCUCCCCUUAAAUUUCACUACCCUCGCGAUGGUGCGCGUUUUGUGAAAAGAGGAACUCGUGAUUUUUAGCGGAGGAUCAAUCGUGGAUCUUUCGGUAUUUUUGUGCUGGUGUACUUUGUGAAAUUUUGAACAAUUCAGAAUCUUAAAUUGAGAAUAUUGCCUUGAUUCGUUCAACGAGUUGAUGAAAUCGUCCUCGUGUUCUCGAACCACGUAGAAGACAUUUCUUCUCUAGUGAUUCAUUAACCGGAAGUAUCGUUGCUCGGACGAUAGCAUCGAGUUUAAUUCACUGUGUUCAUUGAUCGUAGCCUUGUUCUACAAUCCAGCUGUAAAAUCUGUAAAUCUUAGUAUUUCCCACGCAUCGAAUCGUUCAAUUACUCGGUUCGACCGGUCUCGUUUAAAUAAUCGUGUGGAAACUGGAUCGAGUCUCAUCCUGGAGGAAAAUAUCAGUCUCUAAAAAUAUUUUACUACCUCAGCCACUUCCACGAAAAUAAGCCACUUAAACGUCGAUCAACGAAUCUCGAUAAGAAAUAAUCAAACCGAGCAGGCAACAAGGUUUCCAGGUCGUUCAUCUGUGAAAAUCGUAAGAUUAACCGUGGUUUAUCGAGGAUAAACGAAAACAAACCCACCCACAGGGUUCCCUGACCAGCGUCAAGCGAAUUUUGGCAAAAUAAACAGGCGAGGCUGAAGAGCGUUUCGCAUAAUAAUAGAAUCGGCGCCAGGGUGACCGACGAUCGAAGGAACCGAGUCGUCGCACCUGUCGCUAUCGGUCUGUCUCUUCAGGGUAUACGCGAGCCGAAACCUUGAAGAGAGGACACCUGACACGUAUGCCUCGAGACUCGUCGAGAGGCGAAACGGUGUCGUUGAAUGCGUCGCGACGUUGAUGGAGGACUUUGGUUCAAUGGAUAGCAGGUGAAUCAUUGGGACGAUGAUGUUUCUUGAUCUGGUAGAAUCACAGCUACCGUGGAUCGCGAAUCAUUCAGAAAUGAAUUAUUGAAUGAGAAUUUUGGAAUAAUGACGUUGGAUAACUUGAUUAAUUAGCGAAGCUUGCGAGUUUGUGAAUUUAAACCUUUAGUCUGAUGAAUCAUUGGGUUUAUCAGUUAUUAUUGGCCAUGAGUCAUUCGCAAACGAAUUGUCGAAUGAAAUUGCCAGUUGUUAUGUGAAAUUAAUUGAAAUCCUUGGCAAAAUAAUGGGAAGCAAUCUUUUUAUAAAUAAUAUAUCAAUCAUAAUCAGGAUCAAUAACCAAAGUUGCUAACAUCACAAUCGCUGAGCAAGAAUGAUAAAAUCGAGCCUGUUGCAAGAUUGACAGCAGUCAUUUUUCAGAGACAAGUAUACCUAGUUAGGGAUCAAGAUCAUGAUAAAAUCAUCGCUGUCCAUACUCGUUCGCUGAUAAUAAACUUUGAGAAUUUAAUGAUUCGACCAGAGUCAAGAUCAAUCGGAGUAUCGAAAAUAAGAAACGAUGCAUCCGAAUCGCUUUGUGCUCGCAGGAAAUAUGGCCGCUAUAUAUAGCCGGAAGAAUUUUCGUGGCAUCCACAAACUUCCCCUCUUCGUUCGUGCUUUUGCUCGAUUUUCUUAACCGCGAUUUAUGAGAAACGACUGCGAAACUUCUCUCGACGCAGUUUCGUGUUACUUCCAACAACUUUGACUUGAUUUCUUUGACGCGAGUUUCAUCGUGUGAAGAAUCAUGCUGAUCACCAAGUAUACCACCAUUCUGCUGCAAUCCACCAAUCAGCAUAUUUUUAGGAGCGACGUCUUCCUGGAACCGUAUCUGCAACAGCAUGGAACCGUCCAGGUUGUCAGCUCACCUAGCACGCCUCCGCCAAACCCGCUUCAGCAUCAUCAGCUUACGCAGCUACAUCAUGUACAGAGCGAGGAGUCGCUCUCCUCGGAGGGUUCGGCCACCUCGGCUGGAUCUUCGAGCACCACAGAAGAUUCUGGCAGCGAGGUCGCCUGUGACAUUACUCUGAUCGAGAGGCUAAUACGCUCUCAUCCGAUCUGGUUCCUUCCUGGCAUCCAAAGAGCCGGUGCUUUCCACUUGUUGCAAGGCAAAGAGGAAGGGAACUUCGUGGUUCGACAAUCGAGUCAGAGCGACACGAUGGCCCUGUCUGUAAGACUGCCAGCAGGAAAAGGGCCUUACAUCGAGCACUACCUGAUCCAAGCCAACAAGGGGAAGUUGAGCUUGGAAACUAGCGAGAACAGGUUCGACAACAUCCCCUCGUUAAUCGCCCACUAUUCUCAGUGCUGCGACGAAUUGCCAGUUCAAUUGACACUGCCAAGGGCGAUGCGCGAUGCCAAGAAUAGGCAGCAACUCUCCUCCCUGGCUCUUCUGGGUCAGGAAUUCUGGAGAUACCCGAUGGCGAACCCGAAACCGCCGGAGAGCAGCAGCAGCAACACCUCCAGCUUGAGCAGUUUUCGCGGUGGUAAUAAUAAUCUGAACAACAAUAAUAAUAACAAUGUUCAUACACCAACGACGGAGAGCAUCGUACUGAAUCUUGCGCCGAUAUCGUCGCACGACACACGAAGCUCGUCGCCGACGACCGUCGUCACGACGUUCGCGUCGUCGCUCCCCCGUCAGCCGCGACCGACGCCGCCCAACACUCUGAACCUGACGACGUUCAACGAGCCAUUGGACGUGAAGAAAGAGAAGAUCUCGCCCGGUGACAAGCUCUCUCAGAAAUUGAUUUCCCCGAAUCUGGUCCAAAGCGUUCGUUGCCCAUCGCCGGUGGUUCACAACGUGGAGAGCAACGUGUUGAGCCCAGUCCAGGAUACGAGGAUUAUCAGUUUCGAUGCGAAGAAUUCAGCCGAGACUUCCAAGUCCACGAUCAUCGAAUCGUCCAGGAGCAGAUUCCAUCAGAACGUGUCGACUUUUAAUAAUCUGUCCUGCACCACGUCGCCUGUGUUGCCGGAGAUCAGAAACAUCAUAGCUGAGAAUCAUUCUAUUGGACAGAUUGUUAAAACUCCACCGCCCCCGCCUCCUAGGUGGGCCAAGCCGGGAUUUGGUCAGAGUCAGAAUAAUUUCAUGGUGACCACCACGGUGACGUUCAAUGUGAAUCAGACGACUGACGUCAGCAGCUCGCAGCAGAAUACCCCAUCAGAUCCAAACACGUCUCUGCUGAGUCCCCAAAGCGCUACCUCGAACAAAUCCCUGACCUCCAAUUUCUCCAUGAAGUCUCCCCUGUCUCCAACGACCCCAGUUCUCUCCCCGAUGUCGAAGCUAGUCCCGAACCCCGGAUCGAAAACCCCCAACGUCCUUUCCCCGACCACGCCAUCGAGUACGAGCAAAUCGAAGCGAAGACGCGAUCGGGAGGCACGGAAGAACUCUCAGCAUUAUCAGGAAUCGGACAUCCUUGAAUCCUACUACCGAAGUUCCCCAGGCGAUAAGAUUUCCGACUACGAGGACAUAUGGAACACGACCGACCAGUCGAACCAGUCGACCUGGUCGCCGAACGACAAACUGGCUAGGAACGACGUCUCGGCGAAUCCUCAUGAUAGACUGAGGAACUCGAACGACCGGCUGAUGGUUCAGGAGAGAACUGCAAAUCCGGCCGAGAGGAACUUCAACGAGCGAUUACCUACGAACGAGCAGCUGAUCGUUAGAAACGACAGAAUGAUCGUGAGGAACGACAAGUCGAUCGGCAACGAGAAGCUAAGUUACAAAGAGAUAACCAGCCCUGAGUUCAGUAGCUUCAAGCCAGUCCAGGAGACGAAGCCCACUGAACAGAGCAACGGUUCGCCGGAAGAGACGGGAAUGGGAAGGAGACCUGAUUUAUUGUCACGAGUUUGCAGUGCGAAUUCCUUGAACAGUCCAAGCACAGUGACACCUCCCAGGAACAAACUAGGCCUGAUGCUGGCGAAAUCAGAGAGCAAUAGCCCAUUGACACCGGAGUCCAAGCAGGGUAGCCCUUUCUACGCGGAACCAGCGGACGCGAUCGCUCAGAGUGCGGCAAUUAUACCCAGAAGACGGCCCAGGAACAACCCAGCAACUAAUAAAUAUCGACAUAGCGAGCCAGGUUGGCUGCAGACACCGAUUACCGGUAAUCCUAAUCAACUUCAUCCCAUUGACUGGGAGGAGACGGAGGAGACAGAGGAUAAGACUCCUCUGAUCUCCUCCUCUGUUGACAACCUGGCCAAAAGACUCAGCACCAAAGAGGUGAAGAAAAUCCCACGCGCCAAACCGGUGCAACCACCAAAGAUCAGGACGAAGGUGUUCAAUGAUACCUCCUGGGCUGUGGACUCAAGCUGGGAGUUCAUUGGCAACGAAGCAGACGACUGCGAGCCGGAUUACGACUGUGAUGCGGAUUACGAGGGUGAUAACGUGGCUAGGAAGUUUCCGGACGAGGAGUGUGACAGGGACGUUGUUGGGAACACUUUGACCGUUCAGAGUAUCAUCCGCCAACGGUACCCAGAGCUGUUGAAACCACCGGACACGUCGGAGUCGCUUUACAGCGACAGGAACUCCUCGUACGACAACGUGGAGAAGAGGAACGAGAGGGAAGACACAGGUGACACCAGAAAGGACCAAACGUACGAUUCUUCCGAAUGGGAGACGCCCUUGGAGACUGACGAAAGCGACGUGGAGAAGAUAAAGAGGAACAAGAGCUUCAAGGAGCGCCUUGAUCCCCUUCUUUCUCCUCCAAGGCUGCAAGCACUGAGGAACCGAGACACCUGUGGCACAGGGGCGACGAUUAGGUCGUAUGCCCUGCAAUUAGCAGCAGACAAGACAACCACCUUCUCCCAGAACAUUGAUAAUUUCAUCCAGUGCACAAAAGAGGGCAAAGAGGCAAGCCCUCAUGUGGUCAUGAGGAACAUGCGUCAGUUCAUGUCAGGGAUGAAGAAUUACCUGGUAAAGCAUGGUGAAAGGGAAUUUGAAAAGGAAGUGGAGAAGGAGAGACUGAAACUGAAACCAAAUGAGUUUCUAAAUUUGGAUGCCAUCUUGGAGGGUGUUAUGAUGGGUCUGGUUGUCAGGCCACUCAGGGAACACGUUUACAGACUGUUCGUGGAACACUAUGCCACAACUGGGUCACUGCAGACCCUUGCGGAGAGCAUACAACAUGCCCAGGGGAAACACGUUCAGGAUCUUGGUGUUAGAGAGUACUGUUUGCAGCCAAAGAUCAUCCCACCGUCAGAGCCGAGUUUAGAGAGGAUCCUGAAGUACAUUGACCGACUUCAGAAAGCUGAUUCCCCUUUGGACAAGUUGGAGAACCUUCUGGCAGCCAUUUCAGCGAUCUUCAAUUCUGUAAAGCAUGCGAAUUCCGGUCGACACGUGACCCUGGGUGCGGAUGACCUUCUACCUCUUCUAGUUUGGGUGUUAGUUCGUGGAAAGGUGGUGGACGCUGAAGUGGAGGCCGAGUAUAUGUGGGGGUUGCUUCAUCCCUCUCUUCUCACAGGCGAAGGGGGAUACUAUUUGACAACGUUGUCCAGCGCUGUUCAUGUUUUGAAGACGUUCAAGUCCAGCCAGGGAACGAUGUCCACGUUAAACGGUUGUGGAACACCAGACUGUUCGUCCGUACUACGGAUCUUAGUACCAGAUGAACUUCAUGGAUCCCUGAACACCAGAACGCUGCCUGUGCGACCGAACAUGAACACCAGAGAGAUAUGUCGCAUCCUCGCGCAUAAGAUAAGGUGUACCAAUCCACAGGACUAUGGUUUGUUCAAGUUAGUCCAAGGAGAAGAAAUUGGAUUUUUUCUUGUUUCAGAAACCUUACUGGGCGACCACGAGUGUCCGCAAGAGCUCUCUCACUGCCUUUUCGCUUACAAGCGAAUCGACGCGAAGAUAGCCUGGCCGAAAACCAGUUCUUAAAAGUAGGUCUAAUAAGGAGGACCAGUUAGGGUAAUGAAUUAUCCUCUAGAAGCAACGAUACUAACGAUCACGAAACCUCGUCUCUAAUCUCAUUCUGAUAGUUAGUCUCGUUCCUGUACCCUGGUUUCUUUUCACCUUCACCCAUAGCUAUCGAAAUGAAAUUCAAAUUACCAAUCUCGAGCACAAAUUUUCGACAAUUAGCUCGUAGAAACACUGCCAGCUGGAUGGGACAGCUUUUCUGAACGUAUUGAGAAAGAAGAAGAAGAAAUUACGAAUCAAAUCGGAGACAGUCCGAGCAUUUAAAAGCGACCAAAGCUUAAUCUAAGCAUUGAGGGUUCAUUUUUUCAUUCGAAACGAAGCAUCAUCAUACAUCUGGCAUCUAAGAUCAUCGUCGAUCAUCGUCUUUUUAUUUUGGUCGCUCUUCUAAGUGAAUUCUUGCCCGUUCUUUUAAUCAAUUAACCCUUUUUAAAUGAAAGGAUUAAUAUUGACUGUCAUGUUCAAUUGGAAUGAAUAUCCCACCAGGAAAUAAUUUUAUUUUUAAUAAGUCUGACCAGAUAAUUUUAUGAUAUUAGUAUUUGACGAAAUCAUUUAAUAAUUAAUAAACGAAUAUAAAAAUUCGUGGCAGUCGGAAAAGGUAAAACGACUUCUCUAGCUGCGAUCUAUCCGGAUAGAUCUUAUUAAUUUCGUUCUAAGAAAUUCUUAAAAGCGCGAAAGCGUAUUUGCUUGAGAACAAUAUUAUAUAGUGCAAUGCGACAGUGCAAUGAUGAUGAAGAAUAGGAAGCGUUCUCUAAAUCGUUUAUUUUUAAACGCAGCUAAAGAUGGUCGAGCUAAUAAACAGCGGUAUACAAUCAGGCAAUUAACAUUUAAUCAGGUUUAAUUUGCUCGUCGCGAGCAGGUGCUAGAUACAGCUCGUUCUAUUCGAAUUUUAAAAAUAGAGCUCGAUUUUUCAGCGUUGAACGACCGCUUGUAUUUCGUGAUCGAUGUUGUAAAGGAAAAGAACGGAUCAUGUAUUACUCAGUAUUCGAUAUUUCGUAAAGCUCUGUGUAACAAACGAAGCUACUAAUUAAGUUUUGUUAAAAGGAGCGUUAGAGUUCGAAUCGAAGUCUCUCUGCGAAUGGUGGUAUUUCGUUUUACAAGAAGUCUUUCCAAAUUUCAUUAGAAAGGAUCGUAGACCUUCUUCGAGCUCGAAUCCUAAAUUACGAGAGAUCAUUGUACGUUUUUUACGGGAUGAAGCCCCUAUAAGGAGGAGUUUAAGUGUCUCUGUGACGAACAUUCUUGUUAUGAAUGAAAUUCAAGUUUCAAAUGAGAAAAUAUUGUCAAGUAAGAUUAAUUAAUAUUUCUAUUAUUAAACUUUAUUAAUUCCCAUUUCUCAAUUGCCUGAAUCUUACAAAUUUUAUAAAAAUUAUCCUGUUUUACAGUCCUUUAGAAAAGAAGAUACUAUGACAUUUUUCUUUCUCUUUAGACUAAUUUCAUUCAGAAAUAAAUGUUCAUCCCCAAAAAGAGAACAGAGACAUUGAAACGCUUGCUGUGCAGGUAGCUCAAGCCUAAAUUGUGUAACCAAUUAAAAUAAAGAAAAAAGCAAAAAACAGAAAAACCGUAGGGGACUCCUUGAUACAAAUAAAAGUUAGACUUAGGAGCACGAAAGGCUAGUUUAGACUCUAUUUUAAGUACUUUCUCAACGAGUCGCGUUGGCGGAUUAAUGGAUAAGCAAUCUUCUGUACUUUUAGACGAACGUCGCAUAUUUAUUGGGAAGUUGGACACAAUAUUUUACUAUCUGUCGAAUUUCAUCCGGAUUCCUUUUAGACGCGUGUCGCUUCUUCCCUUCAUUUCUUUGUAUUUUUAUUUUUUUUUAAUUUCUUCCCCCCAAGAAAAUCUGCCAGGCUGAUUUGCUCACCGAUUUACGAAGGCUGUGGAACUGUCUCUCAGAAACGAAUUUUAACUAUCGAUUCUCUCUUUCAUUUCUUUUCUUUUAUAUUUUUUCAUUUCUCGUUUCUGAAAGCAGACGCGGAGAAAAAUGUCGUGGAGACGUGGAGCGAAUAUUUUAUUACUGAUUAAAAAAAAGAAACUCGUACAAAUCAGCCUUGCAUCGUUUUAUAUAUAUAUAUAUAUUGGUAUGAAAACACGACGCGUGUGUAGCCCCUUCGAAUACGUGUAACAAUAAUAAUAAUAUUAUUAUUAUAGCGAUUUAUAAAUGUACAUUUCUCCUUGAUAUCGUACCUAAUUUAUUUUACGAAGCGUUUUAUCUUCUUCUUUCUUUUUUUUUUUUCUUUUAUUUUAAUAACUGUAAUUACAACCCCUUUGUCGCAUUUAAACGUGCUUUCGAACCCUCCCUACCUUCAUUGAUUACGAUUAAUCGUGAACACGUUAAUAUGCUUCUAAUUAUGCUAGUCAAAGCCUCGAGAGGAGUUUGUUAAAGAGACGUUCAUUUCUUGUUUUUUCAAUCUCUCUUCGUAAGCGUAACUUCGUGAUAGUUUUUAUUUGUUAAAGAAGAAAGGUAAAUAUCAUUGAUUAUCAUUAAUCUCUCACCUUUAUUAAUUAUUAUUAUUACUAUUGUAACGUGUAACACUAUGCUCAAUAAAAACUUUUCUAUAA